GAGUUCAGGUAUAACCACACGGCCUUUCUAGCUGUGUUAUAGCUGGCCUCUCUGGUCUCUUCUCCACCUUCAAAACCCUAGAAAUCCAAACCCUAACCCAAGAGUUCUCAUCGCCAUUGCCCCUUCUCCCCAAAAACCCUAGAAAUAUUUCAGAGCGUUUUUCAUCUCUGCAAACCCUAGAACCCACAUUGCUCUGUUCCUUUGGGAGCCAUUGAAGAGGUCUCUCACUCUCUGCAACCCUCACAAUGCCAUAGAAAUGGUUCCAAGCAUUAGAGAACCCAUUUGCUCGGCCAUUAUUUGGUGGUUGCUACUGGUUCUUACCGGGGGUUUUUGUGGGAUAAGCGGCCAUGGCUUCUCUCGCUCUGAAGCUUCAUCCAUAGAGCUCAGUCAUGGCCAUGGCCAUGGCUUCUCUGCAAGUUUACACGAAGCUCUUGUUGAUGGACCGGAGCUCGAACCAGGCUUUGGAUUCAGAAGCCAUGGCUUGACCUUUGCCGAGGCUUCAUCCAUCAAGCACAGGCAGCUCCUUUACUACAUCGAUAGGUAUGGAGACAGAGGAGAGAGUGUAUUCGUAGAUCCGAGCUUCGAGUUCGAGAAUUCGAGGCUCCGAGAAGCUUACAUUGCUCUUCAGGCAUGGAAAAUGGCCAUUAUUUCAGAUCCCAUGAACAUCACAGGUAACUGGAUUGGCCCUAUUGUCUGCAACUACACUGGAGUCUUCUGCUCAAAGAGCUUAGAUGGCUUGAACCUCACUGUAGUGGCCGGAAUCGACUUGAACCACUCUGAUAUCGCCGGUUAUUUGCCUGACGAGCUCGGAAAACUCACCGAUCUAGCUCUUCUUCACCUGAACUCAAAUCGAUUUUGCGGCACCAUUCCGCACACUUUCAAGAGAUUGAAGCUCCUCUACGAGCUUGAUCUCAGCAAUAAUCGAUUUGCUGGUCGAUUCCCCACUGUAGUUCUCAAACUACCUACCCUGAAAUACUUAGAUCUCAGGUACAAUGAGUUCGAAGGCCCCGUUCCUUCGUCUCUCUUCAAUCGGCCAUUAGAUGCCAUUUUCCUCAACCACAAUCGAUUCCAUUUUGAAAUUCCAGAGAACUUUGGGAACUCUCCUGUCUCUGUGGUGGUUCUGGCAAACAACAGAUUCAGGGGCUGCAUUCCUUCGAGCUUGGCAAAAAUGGCUCCCACAUUGAAUGAAAUCAUUAUUAUGAAUAAUGGAUUAUCUGGUUGUGUACCAGAGGAGUUUGGAGCUCUGAAAAAUCUAACUGUUUUGGAUGUGAGCUUCAACAAAUUGGUGGGGAAUUUGCCUCUAAAUUUAGGUGGACUUGUCUCUUUGGAACAGUUGAAUGUUGCUCACAACAUGCUUUCAGGUCAGAUUCCUCCUCAAAUUUGCAGUCUUCCAAAUUUAGACAACUUUACUUUCUCUUAUAACUUCUUUGAGGGAGAGCCCCCUGUGUGCUUGAGGCUCCCAAGCUUUGAUGAUAGGAGGAAUUGCAUUAAUGGAAGGCCAAAACAGAGGCCAAGGAAACAAUGUAAAUCUUUUCUCUCUCAUAGAGUGGAUUGUGGUAGUGUCAAGUGUGGUCGAGUUUCGCCAUCUCCUCCACCGGUAUUUUCGCCCCCGCCACCUCUGGUUUUAUCACCCCCAUCGCCACCAGUUUCAUUGCCCCCUCCGGUGCCAUAUCCACCACCCCCACCACAUGUGCAUUCUCCACCACCACCGUCACCAGUGUAUAGCCCACCUCCACCACCUCCAAUUCACUAUAGUUCACCCCCACCACCUCCACCAGUUCCUUGCAAUUCUCCACCCCCACCACCACCGAUGAGCGAAUUGCCACCUCCUUAUAUGGGGCCAUUGCCACCAGUUACAGCGAUUUCUUAUAGCUCGCCACCUCCACCGCCUUAUUAUUGAUUCUUUUUAUAAAGGAUGUAUUGAUACUCGUUAGGCAUGGCAAAUUUAAACCAUUGUUUCUGGCCACAAGGAUUCAUGGCCAUGGCUUUUUUCUGAGGAUUCUUGAUUGUUUAAGAUCACUUCCAGGUGAUUAUAUGAGAAAUUGCUCAGAGGAAAAGAAAAAGGAAACAGAUCGGUGUGUCUUCAUUUGUCUGGUUCAUGUAACUGGGUUCUUCUGAACCUUGGAGUUUAAGAUCAGAUGUAGGAGUUGGGUUGUGUUUAGGUUUUGGGUAUAAGGAAGAGGGGGAGUGAUAUUUAUUUGAGAGAGUUUAUUCGGUUGUGAAUAAAAGGUUCCAGGGAAGAGAGAGAGAGAGGAUACUUCACGGUGGGUGAAGCUGAAUCAGUUGUAGAGAGAGAGAGGAAUGGAGAGGGAAGAAAUGUGAAGCAUAUGAGAGGGGUAUUAGUUGCAGGGAAUGUAUAGAAAAUUAGAUUUAUGCAGUCAGAUGCUGCUGGUUUCCUAUCAUCCUGUUCUUAGAUUUCUUUCUUUUUUUGUCGAUUUAUAAUAUCAUCACUUAUGGAUCUUCAGGAGUUUGAGUGUUCUUACUCUUCUUUUCGAUCUUCUCAUCUUCACGUUGAAUUGUUUAUGAGAUUAUUACAUUGCUUAUGUGAUCUGGCUUUAGCCUGCUCAAACUUGUUUGUAAAUGGUUGUUGUCUGCAAUAAAGAGAGCAUGCUCCUCUCUC